UAAUAAAUUUUCGGAAUUUUUCGUGUCUCUGGAAUGAUAGUAUAAAAAAAAUAUUGCCUAAUUGUGAAUUCAAAAUUAAAAAUCUAUGCGAUCUAAUACUUUUAAAAAGAGCUUAUGAUUACUAUUUAUUUUCUGACGCAUGUGAUACUACUGAUGAAAAAAAUGCCCAAAUCUCUAACAGUGGUUAUUGCAAAUAUAUUAAUGAUUCUGAGACCAUAUACUCAUUAUAUACAGUGAAAUGUGAACAGGAUGAUUCUACUGAAGACUGUAAAGAAUUUAAUGAAUUUAACGAAUUUGAAGAAUUUGAUGAAUUAGAAGAAAUUGAAGAAAUUGAAACUUUUGAAGAAUUUAAAGAAUUUGAAGAAAUUAAAGAAUUUAAAAAAUACGUGCUUUCUUAUAUUAGUCAUGAACGCUCAGUGAGAUCUGAAGAUAAUGAGGAAGAUGUUUUUUCAAUUUCUUGCAAUAUCGGCUUAACAUCUGGUUCUGAUCUACAUAAGGGUAUUUAUAUAUACUACCAUUACUAG